AUGAGCCCCAUCGAAGUAGAUCACAUUGAAGCCGAGCGAGUUUUUCCUAAUGCUCAACUGGAAGAACAGGCUAUCGCACUUUCGUUGAUAGAUGCGACAACAGUGGACUUUUCAACAAGCUGUGCGAUAUGGCUGUGUGAAAAACCUGCGCACCAAGGCGACCAAUUCAACCUUUUUGAUCAUUUUCGCCAGUCUUUAAAGAUCACUUUUAACGCCUAUCCACAAUGGUGCGGUCUUUUGAAAGGUAUCUCUACACUUGAUCCUGCAAAAGCCCCAAGUGAAACUCACCAUUUUGCACCACAUGCGCGACGUUAUGGUCGGGUAUAUGUUCAUUUUGGGACUCCUCAAGAUCCCGGUGUCGAGUUUGUGACUGCGAAAACUACUGCUACCCUUGACGACUUAUCUCCGGUCCUCCGGCAGACGGAAGAACCUAUAUACGACCGUCAAAAGGUUCCUUUGAACAAUCUUGUUCCCUCUGUUCGCAUUGCCAAUGCCAUACGGUCAAGCUCAGAUGAAACCAGUCUUCUUCCACCUUUGGUGGCAGUCCAAAUAACGCAAUUAGCCUGUGGCGGCUUCGCACUGGCGGCUAAAAUUGGACAUCCACUGGCCGAUAUCCAAUCGCUGACUUACUUCAUCAAAGACUUGGCAAGCGUCAGUCGCUGGAUUAUUUCGGGUGCAAAAGAUCCUGCACCUGUUCUAGAGCCAAUAUUUGUCCCAGAGAAGCUGGAUAAUCUGGCUGCAGGAGAUAUCAAUGCAGAAAGUCCAGACCCAAAGGUUAUGAAACAAGUUGAUCGGCUUCCCAUGCAUCGCUACGAUUGGUGGAUCUCAACUGUCGGUUGUCCUUGGGAAGCAGUCGUACCCGAUGAAUACAAGAUUCAGGAUAUUACUCCUGCAGGAAAGUCGAUGCCCUGGGCUGAAUGGGAUUCUGCCUCCCCCGUCUCACACUACGUGAUCCAUUUGACUCGAGAUCAAGUGGAGAUUCUCUGGAGAGACGCCGUCAAGGACAGCCCCCAUGAGAGGGGUGUCAUCCGAAUCAGUCGGCACGAUGCUGUCUUAGCCCAUAUCUGGGCCUGCAUUGCGCGUGCACGAAAUAUCCACGAAGAUACCGGCCCCUUCUAUUGUGAUUUAACUUACGGCUCACGCGCUGCAUUUCACCUAGGGCAGGCCUUUGUCGGCUCUCCAAGCAUGAUGGUAAACAUCGAGAUGACUGGCUGCGAGUUAGCUUCUUCAGAUAUUUCACAGGCCAAGAGAAUUUCAUCCAUCGCGCAAAACAUCCGCAAGACACUCAACCAGAUCAAUAGGCCCUCAUCAGUUGCUGCCCACAUACAUAGUAUCGCCUAUGAAACUAGUCCCCAGCGCAUCUGGCAGGCAUUUCUCGGUCAGCGGCACAUUCUGGUCACAAGCUGGGCUCGUGCAGGUAUUUAUGAUAUCGAUUUUGGAUUGAGUCCGCCAAAUAGCAUUCGUUAUGUAGAAGGUGUUGUUGCAGAUUUGGAUGGACUUGUUCUUAUUAAAGAGGGCCCGCCGGCGAAGGAUUCAGCAUCUGAUAUCAAUUCUUGGAUCGAGAAUGGAGUAGAUGUAUCAAUCCAUACUCGAGCUCAGGAUAUGGAGCGCAUGAUAGCGGAUCCACUGCUUCUUCCUAAAUGUGACUAG